AAUCAGACACGUUCAAUAAAGUAUCUCUUCAAAUAUAUAAACAAGGGCAAUGAUAGGAUAACAGUUGCAUUCUCUGAGAAUGCUGAUAGUAAUAAAUCUCAAAUAGUUGAUGAGAUUAAGAUGUAUUAUGACUGCCGAUAUGUCUCAGCAUGUGAGGCUGCUUGGAGGAUUUUUGGGUUCCCUAUUCAUUAUAGGGAUAUUGCAGUUGAGCGACUGAGCUUCCAUCUCCCAGGAGAACAUAAUGUGUUCUAUAAUGAAAGGGAAUCCACGGCCACAGUGUUGAAUCGUGCUACUGUUCUCUCAACCAAAUUCACAGCCUGGAUGAAGGCAAAUGAAAUGUACCCCGAGGCCAAGUUAUUGACAUAUUCUGAGUUUCCUACUAAAUUCACGUGGAAAAAAACAUCAAAAACGUGGGUACCGAGGAAAAAGAGAUUUGCAGUUGGGAGACUCUAUUUUGUUCGUCCAGGCAUAGGCGAGAAGUACUACCUUAGAAUGCUUCUCAAUGUGGUUAGAGGACCGACCAGUUUUGAGGAAUUGAAGACCGUUAAUGGUACUAUUCAUGCCACAUUCAAGGAUGCUUGCUAUGCAAGAGGUUUGCUCCAGGAUGACAAAGAUCACAUUGGUUGCAUUAAACAAGUAAGUCAUUGGGGAUCUGCACACGCUCUCCGUGAGUUAUUUGUUACCCUGCUGACGUCAGAUGAACUUUCAAAGCCGGAAUUGGUGUGGAAGCAAUGCUGGGAGGAUUUAUCAGAUGAUGUACUAUACAACAUAAGAAGGAACCUCAAUGAUCAAGAGUUGGAUUUAAGUGCAGCUCAAAUUAAAAAUUAUGCUCUUCUAGAAGUUGAAAAACUUCUCCAACAAAAAGGGAAGUCUCUGCGCAACUAUGCAAACAUGCCUUUUCCUUCCGUUUCUCAAAUCGAUUCUCUUGAACACAACCUCAUACAUGAAGAGAUGAGGUAUGAUGUUGAUGCUUUAUCUGAGGAGCAUUCCAAGUUGUUGCUAGACAUGACUGAAGAACAACGCAAGGUUUAUGACAUACUCAUUGCUUCAAUCAAUGGAAAUCACGGCGGCAUCUACUUUGUGUAUGGUCAUGGUGGUACCGGAAAAACAUAUUUGUGGAGAACUCUGUCGGCAGCUGUAAGAUCUCGUGGAGGUAUAGUAUUGAAUGUGGCAUCCAGUGCCCUUGCAUCACUUCUCCUUCCAGGUGGACGUACAGCGCACUCUAGAUUUGCUAUUCCACUGACAGCGGCAGAAGACUCAACAUGCAACAUCAAGCAUGGUAGUGCAUUGGCCAAGUUAAUUCAAAUGGCAGGGUUAAUUAUUUGGGACGAGGCUCCAAUGACAAAUAAGUAUUGCUUUGAAGCUCUUGAUCGCACUAUGAGGGACAUCCUUCGAUUCACUGUCACAUGUGAUGCUACUAAACCUUUUGGUGGGAAAACAGUUGUAUUUGGCGGUGAUUUUAGACAAAUAUUACCAGUUAUUCCGAAAGGCAGUCGACAAGAUAUUGUACUUGCAGCUUUGAACUCUUCCUACUUGUGGCAAUUUUGUAAGGUAUUGAAACUUACAAAGAACAUGAGGCUUACAGGUGACAAAAAUUCUGCUGUUUUGAAGAGUUUUGCAGAUUGGAUCUUGCAAAUUGGAGAUGGUGUUCUUGGUGAUGAUGAAGAUGGUGAAUCAAUGAUUGAAAUACCUCAAACUUUUCUUGCUCCUUUCAUAUCUAAUCCUAUAGAAUCUAUUGUGAGGUGUACAUACCCCGAUUUCUUGGAAAAUGGAACAAGUCCUUCUUAUUUGACUUCUAG